UGCCGUAUGAUGACGUGGCCUGCGCUGUUGUGCUAACGCCUCUGGUACAAGCUCGCCACAGAUACCUCGUCAACUUUAGCUAUCAUUUAAGCGUAUUUGGUCAGAAUUAGUUAGUUGUGUUAAAAGUUAAACCGCCGGACAACUUCACUAGGUCAAGAUGAGGCGCACCGGUUUGGGCGAAGGAGGCCCUGGCAGCUAUGUGGCGAGUGGAUACAGUGUGUACGAAGAGGAAAAUGAGCACCUACAGGAGGGUCUGAGAGCGAAAGUCAACGCUUUGAAACACCUGUCUAUCGACAUCGGAACGGAAGUCAAAUAUCAGAAUACAAUGCUGGACGACAUGGACACAGACUUUGACUCGACAGGCGGCCUUCUUGGUGCUACUAUCGGCAGAGUGAAGCAGCUGUCCAGAGGCAGUCAGACCAAACUGCUGUGCUACAUGCUGCUCUUCUGCCUUUUUGUCUUCUUUGUGCUGUACUGGUUAAUCAAGCUUAGAUGAUAGGCUGUUAGACUUGGCCUCUCCGAUGAGUCUCAAAACUAGAACCACAUAAUGUUGUUGGGGAGAGGCAGGGAUUUUUUUUAAAGUGUCUCAAUUGUACAUGUGCUGACAUCGCAGUAUUUCAUUAAUAAAAUCCACAAAAUGUAGUCAUGAAAGAACUUGUACCGAUGCUAUGUGACGGAAAAGUAAAAUGGGUCAAAGACGCUUAAUGACCAUGUGAAGUAGGAUUUGUGUACCCGGUAUAUAUAUAUACUUUAUGUAUAGCUGAUGCAGACACGGACGGUAUGACUGCUUUAUCAGCCCAAUUUACCAGGAUGAGACGCAUUUAAACGUAACAACUAGAAGAUACUGUGGAAAAUUCCUUGAUGCAGUCGGGGGCACAUUAAGAGAGCUGUAAGGUUUGAAUUGGCAAAUCUGUCUAUCCAAUGUGUUAAGUUAUAGAAUGCUAAUAGAAGCAAAUCUAGUGUUUUUGCUUUUAAGAAUGAAUGUUGCAGCAGUUCUAUCCUUCCAAAAAUGAAUAACGGUGUUCUUUGUUUGUAAAAAAUAUUUUUAUGUAAAUAAACACUAUGGUCCGAAUUGACCAGUAUGUGUGCUA